UCCAUUAUCACUCACUCUCUCUUCUACUUCUUCUUUGCUUUCAAUAGAAAAAGCAAGAAGAAGAUAUGGACUCCUCCAAGAUCUCAGCUCUUCUCCUCAUUUGCAUUCUUUGCAUUUCCUCCGCCACCCCAAUUUUUGGCUGUGGUUAUUGCGGCAAGUAUCCACCAAAACAUAAGGGCCACAAGGGAAAAUCUCCUAAAGGUCCCAUUACUAUUCCUCCCAUUGUUAAUCCUCCAAUCAACUUGCCACCAGUUAUUCCUCCUAUUAUCAAACCACCAAUCACUAUCCCUCCUAUUGUGAACCCGCCGGUGAUCACUAACCCACCAAAGGGAGGUAGCACUCCAUGCCCACCACCACCAGGUGCUAAGGCUACAUGCCCAAUUGAUACUCUGAAACUGGGUGCCUGUGUGGAUCUUCUUGGUGGGUUGGUGCACAUUGGUCUUGGUGACCCAGUUGUGAACGAGUGCUGCCCAGUUCUUCAAGGACUUGUGGAGCUUGAAGCUGCAGUCUGCUUGUGCACCACUCUCAAGCUCAAGCUUCUCAAUCUUAACAUCUAUGUCCCCAUUGCUCUUCAACUCCUGGUUACCUGUGGCAAGACACCUCCUCCUGGUUACACCUGCUCUCUUUAGACGACCCAAGGUUGGCAGAAAUGAUUGAAGGACAUCGAAAUCGACAUGAGAGGAUGUCGAUCGAGCCUUUUUUUUCUUUAUCUUUUUUGUUUUUUUCUUGAUCGGUAAUGGUGAAGAUGGAUGCUUUGGUAUAUUAAUUUGUAAAACAUUUAAUUUUUAAAAAAUUGUUGCAUGUGUGGUUUGUCAGCUUAGACAAGGAUGUAAUCAAGAGAUUUUUAUCUCUUAUCAGUAUUAGAUUGCCUUUUGAUUUGAGAACC